AUGGCAAUCGCAUCAGUGAAGAGAGGAUCCUUCCGAAUAUACCUGCAGUUGUUCGUCUUGUUGACUUCUUUCGCUUCAUUUUGUGACGCUGGUGUCAGUUGCGAUUCAGAUCAAUUUUGCCAAGAUUUGUACAACACGGCUGAUACAGUUUGCCUGUCUACAACGAAGGAAUGCAGUAAUCCUUUUCAGAAAGGAUGCCUUCGAGCGAAAGGAAUAAAAGGGUAUUCUGAGAAAGUCCGAGUAUGCACAUCUGCGGACGAAAGUGCAACUUCGACUAAAACAAAUUCUUCUUCAGGUGAUGAUGGCAACGACGAGAUUGAUUAUUGCCAGGCCCCUGACUUUCCUUAUCCAGAAAUCAGAAUCCACAACGCAGAUUGGGCAUCAAGUCAGAUUCUUGCAUGGAUAUAUCAAAUCGUCCUGGUCGAAAUACUGGAUGUUCCGGCUACAGUUGGACUGACAUCCGAAACGGCAAAGUUGAAUGGAUUUUAUUCGACCAAUAAUACCUUAGAAUAUUCGCAAGAGGCAUACCCUUGGGGUGCUCUCCAAAAAGCCAAUGAAAAGAUGUUUAGUGGAAAUAAUUGCGAAAAUACGAAUGAUCCCUGUGUUCACAUAUUCCCUGAAGUCUGGAACGGCCAAAUCGAUCAAUGGCAGAAUUCCGAAAAUACAGGUGUCAUUGAUCAGACAUCCUCGAAUGGGAUUGUAUUCAAACCAAGCCUGAUGAUCCCGAAAAAGACUGCGGGGGAAUUUCCUUCUCUUAGUCUAUUCUAUGGGCUGCAAGGGGAUCAAAAUCGAAGAGUCUUGGCGGAAAUGUUUAAGAAACCAACCAGUUGGGUGGAUUAUUGUGAAACUGUUUCUCUCAACAAUUGCAGUGCACCGGAUAGUACUGCUGCAAGAUACCCAGCGCAAGAUGAAAAACUCUUAUAUUUCUUGGAAGGGUCCUACACCGGAUAUUUUCUGGCAACCGACAAGAACAAUUGUGUAGCCUCGGACAAUUUGGACGACUGCCAUGGAUACCUCGUUGGUCCAACUUGUAACUUUUCUGCCUACAUUGAUUCUCAGAUUUAUUGGAACGACAUUGGUCUUAAACUGGAUGGUCCGGUAGGAAGCAGGUCUUCGUAUUUGUAUAAAUCCAUGCUUGAAAUCUGGAAAGCGGCCAACGCGACUGGAUCCCAUGUUAUGAUGUGGUGGUGGACGACCAGCAUUGAAGCUCAGGCCUUUGGCAAUUCUAGUUACUCACCUCAGAUGAUACAAUUGCCACAGCCAUCACUGCAGUGUCUUGCCAAUCGUCCGACACUCGCUGAAAGAUGCUCUGACAAUCCAGUGGAGAGAAGAGGGAACCCAUUGGGGGCAUGCGAUCAAGAAUACACCCCACUGCAACGAGUGAUGGCUAGUUCUGUGAAUCAGAUGAACGCCUUGGUACCUGAAGUUGAUCGGUCUCCGGCAGUCGGAAUGCUUACUGCAUUGCAGGUGUCAGAGUUUGACAUCGUGGAUAUCAUUCAGAAAAUGUUGGCCGACGGCGAGGAUCAAAUCGAGAACAAUGCCAGAGAAGCUGUUUGUGAUUGGGUGGCAGGUCACAUUGACGAGUUGGAAGAGAUUAUUCCUCCUAAUUUUCCCAAGCGUCUCACAAGGGUCUUUGAAUUUGGUGACCUACAUUACGUAGCCCAGGCCAUGGCCGGUUUGGUGGGUCUCAGCACUCUGGCGUGCAUCUUUCUGACAUACAAAUACAGGGAAACCAAGACCAUGAUUUUUGCGCAGCCAACCUUCAUACAACUUAUUCUGAUUGGGUUCUGUUUAGUCUGCGUGGCUGCGUUCAUGUUGGCCGUAGUGCCAAGGGAUCAGAUCUGUUUGUCAAUCAAGUGGUUGGAAGUCUUGGGAUUGACGAUUCAGCUGGUCCCCAUCAUGAUCAAGACUGCCGCCUUGAAUCAGCUCAUUUCGUCGUCAAAGAAACAACAAAUGGUCAAUAUCAACCAACGAAGUCUGUUGAGGAAAGUAACCAUGUGGAUGGCUGUUGUUGUUAGUUGUCUUAUCGCCUGGACGGUUACUGAUCCACCCAAAGUUGCAGAAUAUCGAUCACCCAGCCGUGACGAUCCAAGUGAAGUGAUCAUUGACCGUGAAUGCAAAUCCGAAGAACUGGGCUGGGAAAUUGUUCAAUCUUCGAUGGAACUUGUGCUGCUAUUCAUUUGUGCCAUUCUUGCCUUUCAGUCAAGAAAAUUAGCGUCCGUGGUCAAUGAGUCGCGAGUGCUGGCGCAAUUGAUUUAUUCGCACUUUUUGUUCGUGAUUCUACGAGUGCUGGUGACCGCUUUUGAUCUUCUGGAUCUCUUUAGCGGGGACAUCAUUCCAAUUCUCGCCAGUUUCAACCACAGCUUUGAUACAUUGUUUGCCAUGUGCAUUUACAUUCUUCCAAAAAUCAUCAAAGCAAUGUAUGAGCCUGAAAAGUACAUACCAAAGGUGACCACAGAAUCUCCAUCCACUCGAGGACUAAAGAAGGAUCCAAGCCUAAAAGUUCUGAUCUGCACUGCAAACAUGGGAAAUGCGGCACCGACGAAGGAAUCUAUGGAAAAUUGGAUUCCAACGGAUGGAGCAUGUUUUCAUGUGACUCCGUUGGCUGGAGCAGCAAAAGAACUGAAAAAAGGAUAUUUCGAUAUCAUUGUCAUUGGGAUGCAAGAAAGUACUUGGGCUAGAAAUAAUGCCAAGGGUUCGGUGCGUAAGGAAGUAAAAAAAGAGGAAAAGCUUUCGGAAGAAGACAUCUUGAAUGCCUUGGACCAGCACGAUUCGGCUGCUCUGCGAAUGAUGGUACACGACAUUGUUGGUUCGGAAUACACUCAGAUUGUUGAGGAACUGCGUGGGCAGAUGCGGCUGUCCAUAUGGGCUUCUGUCAACAUUGAGCAGGAUAUCAACUCGGUCAAGAUCAGUGGCGCUAACACUGGUAUUGGAAAUGUCCUAGCAAACAAAGGCGGAAUUGUUGCCACGAUUGAUUACAAGACAACGAGGCUCACCUUCAUUUCUGCUCACUUGGCAGCCCAUGAAGGCGAAAACUAUUACAAGAACAGACUGCAGAACAUCCGAUCCAUUUUGAAAGAAGGAAAAACCAGUGAUUUGAGUAGCAAGCUUGAUGUGACAAUGACGAGCCAUCAUAUGUUUCUGCUUGGCGACUUGAAUUUCCGAACCAAAUUUGAAGACGAAGACCUUCCUCACGAGGAAUGUGUGAACCGAGCGAUGAGCUUGGUAGAUUUCAAAGACUACGAGGGUCUAUACAUGUAUGAUGAACUUCAGAAAGGGCUUAAGGAUGGCGACUUGCUUCACAACUUUGAAACAUUGCCGUGUAAUUUUCCUCCCACUUUCAAGUUAGAACGGGAGCCCGGAUUUGUUUACAAAAGUCAGCGGACACCCAGUUACACAGACCGCAUUGUUUUCAAAUCUGCUGAUGGUUUUAGGUCGCACGUGAAACCCCUAGCCUAUGAACCAUGUGCCGACUUUGUGACCUCGGAUCACAAACCAAUUCGCGGAGCAUUUGCAUUACUUCCAAGCGGCGAGGCCAGGGCUCGUAUCGUUCCCGGAAAGCUGAUAUUGAAAAUGGCCCAGAUUGAAGCAUCAAACUUGCCAGUUGCUGACGCUUCAGGGAAAGCUGAUCCGUAUCUUAUGCUGAUGUGGGAAGGGGUCGAUCUAAUGCCCCACAACAUGAGUUUUCGAGACAAAUUGAGAAGGUAUUACAAUGGCCAAUUCUGGCCACGAACUAGUUACCGAUCGCGGACACUGGAUCCUGUUUGGGACGAAGAUUUGAUUCACGUCGAAGCUGAAACUCCGAUGGUGCGAAAGGGCUCCUUUCUUUAUGUGGUUGUUGUGGAUCAUGACCGCGUAGGGAAAGAUGAUUUUAUGUGCGGCACAACGCUGAGCCUGUGGGAUCUAUGUCAAGAAGGAACGAAGACUCAUGACAUGGACAUCCCCUUGACAAAGGAUGGCACACUUUGUGGACGUGUCAAGUUUAAGCUUUACAUUGGUUUCCCCCAAGGUAGAAAUCCCACUCGGGCAUCCGCUCGUCGAGGAAGUGUAAAUUUGACCCGAAUCAAGAAUUUUUUCGAUGUGAGCCAUCGGGAUGAGGACGACGAAGAUUUCUAUCCAGUUCCCCACAAUCAAGGCCACCUAAGCAGCAGCGAUCGGGCCAAGAGCGCACUUAUACCCACUGAAAAGUGGAGAGCAGAGCAAACAGAAAAGCAAUCGAGGGAAGUCCUUACAAGUAUGUUUGGCAAUGGGACAAGGCCUCCCCAAAAAAAUAUAGUAAAGUAA